AUGACCGGUCUGGCACUGUCAUUGUUGGCAAGCACCGUCAUUGGUUCCCUCGCAAGUGUGAACAUGAAUGAAGUCAUCUCCACUGGUGGCGGCUUCGGAAGUCUCGACAGCGACAAAUCCGUACAGGAAGCUGUUGUUACUCUCGAGGACGGUGUAUUCGAUGUGAAGGAGAUGCCUCGUGACACUCCAUUCGCUGUUGCCUCCGGUCUCUAUACGGACACUCUCUAUGAGCUCGGUUGGGAUCAGCUCCAAUUGGACGCUGGUUCUGAUUACUAUUGCGAGAAGGAUAGGAUGUACGCCAUGGGUAUGUUGGAGUCUUAUUUCACCCACGACCGUAUCUACGAUUUCUGGCAGAACUUCAACCAUAAUGAUCUCGAGGGCAGCCCAGCUGGUGUGAAGCAGUGGUUCAAAGACCAGUGGGAAUUUGUGAAGAUUAUGACUCAGACCAGCAACGAUACUUUCUGGCAAAACAUGGCUCUGAUCGAGGCCCAAACUGAAGGGUAUAUUGAUGGUUAUCAGAAGUUCCACUCUGAAGGUAAAGAGAUCGAUCCUCUCGAUAUGUACAUCCUCCAGUCAUGGGGUGAUCUUGGUGAUGUACAGGAAGGCUUCCGUGCUGCUGCUAAGCAACCCGCUGAGGACCUCGCCACAGCUCCCGACGCCGAUGCUGAUUUCGAGGCUGGUCCUGGUACUCUGAGCCAUGGUAGUUGCACUGCCAUGAUCCGUCUUAUGGAUAAUGGCGAGAUUGGCUUUGCUCAUAACACUUGGCGUAGUUAUGAAGGUUUCAUUCGUGUGUUCAAGAGGAAUACCUAUCCUAAUGGUGUGACGGUGACUAUGAGUAGUACCCCUGGUCUUCUUCAUAGUAAGGAUGAUUUCUACGUACAAGAGAACGGCAAUCUGAUCAUCGCUGAGACUACCAACAGUAUGUACAAUCAGACGAUCGCCGCUACUCUGGCUACCAACCCUGAUGCUCGUCAUGUCUGCCUUUCUUGGCAGCAUGUUAUGUCGUCUACGAUCGCUUCAACCACUGCUCCUGAGUUCGUGGACAGCAUGGAGCCCUACAAUUCCGGUACCUACAACAACCAGUGGAUGGUUGUUGAUGUCGACCGUUUCCAUGAGGGUGCCACUGACGAAGUUGCUAUGAUUAUCGAAAUGUCAAUCGAUUAUGUUCAUAAGGGUGAUGUGUCCAGUGUGCUUCUCGAUAGGGGUUACUGGAAGUCGUACAAUAUCCCUUAUUUCCCCGAUGUAUAUGAGCAGAUGGCAUAUAACGAUUCUGAUAAGCAGAGCAGUUAUCAUCAGUGCGCUCGUAGUGAGAUCAGUGAUCGUGAUGCUCCUCAUCUGGCUAACUUGGGAGAUGUUAUGUACUUCUCGAGGUAUAAUGAGUACCUUACUGAUCCUAUUUCUGAGGGAUGCGCUCGUCUCUCAAUCGCCUCUCGUUAUGAUCUGAGCACCCAGGCGAAGUGUGGUGCCGGUGCUGGUCCCCAGGCUUUCGGUGCUAUCGAUGCUAAGGUUGUCGCUUCUAACGAUCUCACGACCGUUCAUGCUGUGUCUGGUCCUACCAGCGAUCCUGAGAAUGGCAUCCCAAUUUUCCAGUGGUCGACUUCUCCUGUUGAUGAUAUGAUCGAGCAUGUUGGUAUGCCUGAUAGUUAUGACUUCCCUUGGGUGAGGUUCAAUGGUGAGAGUUGGUCUCUAGAGGCCCUCGACGAUGCUGCUUGUGACCAUCCCGAUCAUAUUCGUAUGAACCCUCCAGCUACAACUACUACAACAACAGCUACUCCAACCAGCACUCUUCGUGGUGGUAACUAA